UUGCAAGAAAUGAUAAGGGGUUAUCUUCAAUCCUCGAAGAUGCUUUAUCUAAACAACAAGAUAUUCCAUUCAUGGCAAUUGAGAAUGAAGAAUCAACAAAAAGGAUAAAUAGAACAUACCACUAUAUAUUGCGUUUUUAUAGUCACCUUAUUAAUAGUCAAAAGGUACUAGUAACUCUUAUAGACAUUCAAGUUUUCUUUGACAUUCUCGUACUAGACAAAGAAACUCCAGAUGAAUGUGAAGAAAAG